AGAUGCUUUGCACCCAUAUAAAGGCGGAAGAUUGUGUGGAGCGUGUGCCCAAGGGGAUGUUCCGCAAGAAACAGGACAUGGAGGACAAUAAUUUGUUCUUGGAGGGAAAUUCGAAUCGUGGGAAGGUGGUGAAAAACCAGGAAAUAAUUAAAACCUUCUGCGACGAAUGCGAUAAUUGCAAUAAAUCGCUGAUGUGCCUCACUUGCGGACGAAUUCUGUGCGGAAGAAACGACUCGGGCCACGCUUUGCAUCAUUUUGAAGAAACCAGCCACCCAGUCGUCAUUGAUUGCAUUUCUUUCGAGCUUUACUGCUAUUCCUGUGAUGAUGAAGUGUCACUGGACUUUGAGCCAUCUUUAUAUGGAGUUCUAAAAUCGCUGAAGCUCCUUUUCGACCGGGAAGACGUUAUGGAGGGAGGCGACGGGCCGACUAUACCGGCACAGCCUUUUCAAACAGUGACCUCAGUCGCCUCAACAUUCACCCAAAAGCUCCACGUGGCUCCAGCUUCUCGAAAUUCGAAGAAAAAACGUGGAAAAAAGGGAAAAGUCAGUCCAAUGUUCGUCGAUACACCACCAUUCCAGCAGCAGCAGGGAGCCGCCGUAAUUCAUGACGUCACACUAUCAUCCACAAAUUCUACGUCAUCGGGGUCCGGCGGUGCCACGUCAUCAUCUGAAAUUGCCUAUAGGCCACGUGGAAUGCGAAAUGUUGGAAAUACGUGCUUUAUGAAUGCCGUUUUACAAGCAUUAGCAUCAAUAUCGGAAUUUCGUGAAUAUAUAAUGUCUCUUUCAUCACUAGAAGACUAUAUUCACGACGAAAAAGAGCCGAAAAACGGGGGGAAUUAUUGCUAUUUAACAGACGAAUAUCGAAAAUUGUUGAUCUCCCAAUCGGCGCGCAGCUUCCGUGAACCAACGGCUCCAAAUGAGUUUCGAGAGGCUUUUAUAUCAGUUUGUCCGCGAUUUCGAGGCUUUCGACAGCACGAUUCUCAUGAAUUUAUGCGUUAUUUCAUGGAUUCACUGCAUACUGAAAUGAGAAAAUGCCGGAAAUUGCCUGGAAUGCCUGAUGAUAAGCAUACACCAAUUUCCAAAUAUUUUGAAGGGACACUACAGAGCUCGGUUAUAUGUCAAACUUGCCGCAAUUGUAGCAAUAAAAUUGACGAGUUUAUGGAUCUCUCACUGGACAUCCCAGCACAACGAAAUGCGUCAAAAGUUCGACUUUCCGAUUGUUUAAGCACAUUUUUCAAGUUAGAAAUGCUGGAAAAAGGCGAAAAACCGGAAUGCGCCAAGUGUAAAACGAAACAAACGUGCUCAAAGCAAAUGUUUAUUAGGAAAUUGCCACAGGUUCUCUGCCUCCAUAUGAAGCGAUUUCGGGAUAAUGGUGGAAAAAAUGAUGCGAUUAUCGAUUUUCCGAUGGGACAACUCGAUGUUACGCAAUUUUUGACCGAUGAUAGCGACGAGGCACCGUGUACCUACAGCCUUCAAUCAAUAAUUGUUCAUAUUGGAUAUGGAUGUGGUUCGGGACAUUAUAUAGCAUUUGGAAAACGAAAUGGCCGGUGGUUUCAAUUUGAUGAUACAGUAGUCAAAGGAGUUGAUGAAGCUCAUGUUUCAAAGCAGAAGGCCUACGUAUUACUGUAUACGAAAAUUAUUCGAAAAAUUGAUUAGGAUUUUAUUUUGUUAGGCACUCCAUUUUUCUGUGAUUUUUUCCCUUUUUUCUUGCAAUUUUUAGUGAUUUUUUAUAGAUUUUUCCCCAAAUUUUUUAGAGUUUUUCCUGGAUUUUUGCCUCUGAAAUUGGCCAAUUUUUUGGAAUUUUUCCGCUUUUUUUGGUAUUUUUAAGCUCAAUUUUCCUAGAAUUUCUGAUUUGUUCUGGAUUUUUUCCUCGAGAAUUGGCCAAUUUUCCCCGAUUUUGAAUAGUUUUUUUGUGAUUUUUCCCCAAUUUUUUUAAAUUGUUUUUUUCCUGCAAAGUUGGCCAAUUUAUUGAAAUUUUUGAAAUUUUAAGCUCAAUUUCAUUUAUUUUUGGCCCUUUUUUCCUGGAUUUUUUCAAAAUUUUAGUGAUUUUUUCUGGAUUUUUUCCUCCAAAGUUGACCGAUUUUCUGGAAUUUUUAGUGAUUUUUUCGAAAUAUUUUUUUCGUAAUUUUUUUUUGGAAUUUUUCAGAAUUUUUCCUGUAAAUUCGCCUUAUUUUUCUGGAAAAUUUCCGAUAUUAUUUUGGAAAUUUUCAGCUCAUUUUUUAGAUUUCAGUCAUUUUUCAAGAUUUUUAAACCUCCAAAUUGGUCAAUUUUUUGCAAAAAUUCAAGUUUUCCCUCCGAUUUUUCCUAGUUUUUCAUAGAUACCCCCCCCCCCCCCCCCUUCUCGCUUCCUCCACCAGUUUAUUCACAUUUCUAUGGGUCAAUUUUGCUGUUCUUCUGUCAAUUUCAAAGUGAUAUGUUUCUUUUUUGCAUCUUUUAAUUAAUAAAAUCAGAGUUUUGAAAAA